GCGUUUCUCCUCCACCUCUCCGCCACCAAGUAACGUCAAUACGAACCUGAAGAUGCUGAAUACUGGAACCGGAUGUACCGCCUGAGUGCACAGUCAUCAGUCAACAUCUUCCAAACGCAGAGAUGCUCGACCGGACACGCAGCAAUGAGCUGCUCAACCAGGACGACGACCCCCACACAGCCCCCGCCGGCAAGCCAGCCGAGUCCCAUGGCGCAGUCAAUCCUUUCAGAUAUCUCCGGUUAAGAGGCGGCGACGGCUCGCGGGGCUUGGACCCGGGCGAUGAUGGCAUCACGUCGGACGAAGACGGAGCGCAACCCCGGGCAGGACGAGCAGCCGUGUCCCGCCGGAGGAAUGGCCCACCCAGCCCCGAGUUCCAGCCCGGCGCCAUCGUCCGUGUGAAGGUCCGGAAUUUCGUAACAUACGAGGAGGCCGAAUUCUUUCUGGGCCCGAACCUGAACAUGGUCAUCGGACCCAACGGCACUGGCAAAAGCUCUCUGGUCUGCGCUAUCUGCUUGGGCUUGGGCUACUCCUCAAGCGUCCUCGGCCGUGCAAGCGCAUUUGGAGAAUUUGUCAAGCAUGGGAACGACGAGGCUGAAAUCGAGGUUGAGCUAUAUCGGAAGCCAGAAGACUCGGAGAAUUAUGUCAUCGGGCUCUGCAUCAGACGUGAGGAUAACAGCAGGAGGUUCACCAUCAACGGACAGCGAGUGUCCCACAAGGAGGUGCAGAGCUUUAUGCGGUCGCUGAGGAUCCAGAUCGACAACCUCUGUCAGUUCUUGCCCCAGGACAAAGUUGCCGAGUUCGCGGCGCUCACCCCCGUGGAGCUGCUCGAGAAAACCCUCCACGCUGCCGCGCCGGAGGAGAUGCUCACCUGGCGAGCUCAGCUGCGGGACUACUUUAAGCUGCAGAAGGAAGCCGAGCACAGCGGCGAGAAAAUUCGAGAGGAGCUCCGCAAGAUGGAGGCCCGCCAGCAAGUUCUUCAGGCUGACGUUGAGAAGCUACGGGAAAGAAAGGCCAUCCAAAAGGAGAUUGAGAACCUCAACGACCUGCGGGUAGUAGUUAGGUACCACGAGGCCCGCAGGAAAUUCAAGGAAGCAAAGGCACGAAAAGUCGAGGCCGAGACUCGUCUCAAGCGACUCCAGAACAGCGUCGCUCCUGCCCUGCAGGCCGUCAACAAAAAGCAGGAAUACCAGGCCAAGGUCAAGCUGGUCGUCACCGAUAGGCAGCAUCGCCUGCAGGCUGCCGAGGCUGCUGCCGACACCGCGCUCGCUCAGGUCGACGCGGCCGAGGCAAAGUGUCAAGAGCUUGCGAGCAAGAAAGAGGCCGAAAGGACGAACUUCCUAUCCAAGAAGCAGGAACUGGGCCGUCUUCGGAAAAAGAUCACCGAUCUGGAGGCCAGCUACCGCCGAGCGCCCAAGGAAUUCGAUGCUGCGGAGUGGACCCGGAGGAUUCGGGAACAAGAGCAUCUGGAGCGCGACCUAAACGAUGAGGCGAAACCAGUGCAAGAAGAGAUCGAUCAGCUCCGCCUGAAGGGAGGCGAAACUCGCGAGCAGUUGGCAAGGCUGCGAGGCAGUCUCCGGGAGCUGGAAUCCCAGCAAGGCCAACUGCUGACACAGCUGAGGAAGAUCAAUAACGACGUCGCCAAGGGCUGGGAAUGGCUGAAGGACAAUCAGGACGGCUUCGUGAAGGAGGUCUUCGGCCCUCCCAUGCUGACGUGCGCCAUUAAGGACAAGCGCUACACCGAUCUCGUCCAGUCCAUGCUGCAGGCAGAUGACUUCUUGUGUUUCACAGCGCAAACCAAGGAGGACCACAAGAAGCUCAGCGAACAGUUCUACGGCAAGAUGGGCCUCUCGGUCACAAUCCGUUCCUGCUUCACGCCGUACAGCGCCUUCAAGCCGCCCCUGCCAAAGGAGGCGUUGCCCGCUCUAGGGUUCGACGGCUAUGUCAACGAGUAUCUUGAUGGGCCCGAACCAGUGCUCGCGAUGCUGUGCUCCGAAAAGAGGCUGCACGCAUCGGCGGUCGCCCUGAGAGACAUCUCCGACGAGCAGUUCGACCGAAUCCAGCAGGCCGAGAACCUCACCCAGUUUGCGGCCGGACGACAACUAUACCGCAUUACGCGGAGAAGGGAGUACGGGCCUGGCGCCGUCUCUACACGGGUUACCCAAAUCUCGAAGGGCCGUUUCUGGGCUGAUCAGCCAGUGGACGCUGCCGAAAAAACCGAGCUUUUGCGCAGGAUUGAAGAACUUGAGGCCCAAUUCACAGCGGUGAAGGAGAAAUACAAAUCGGCAGAGGCCCGGAAGAAGAAGAUAGACACGGAUCUUGAAGAGAUAAAAAAGAAAAUCUUGGACCUUCGGAAUGCCAAGAACGAGCUCCAGGCAGAGUACACGAAAUGGCGGACUUUGCCAGACAAAAUAGAGGCCGAAAAAGGGGCGCUGAGCCGAGCGGAGGAGGCACUUACGGCCUGCAAAGGUCGGAUCCUGGAGCUCGAGAAGCUGCAGGACCAGGCGGUUCUUGACAAAGCCAAAUCGAUCCUUCAGCACCACAAGCAGAUCCACGGCAUUCGAAAGGCGCGUCAGGCUCUGCUCGAGGCACAGUUUGUCCUGAUGGAGGCGGAGUCGGAGGUGAUUGUUCUCAAAGCUAAGAAUUCUGAGAUCACCCAGCGGCUCGAAGAGGAAAAGGGAUCCCUCCAAAAAAUUAUCGCCGAGUUGGAAGAGCAACGAACCGUUGCUGGUGAGGCGAGACAGGAAGCUCUAAAUGUUCUGACGGAAGAGAACAAAGACGAGCUGGCGGCCAAAGUCAAAGAUAAGACGAUCGAGGAAGUCGACGAAGCCAUCCAGGUUGAGAAGGCCAAGCUCGAAGUUAUUCAAGCCAGCAACCCGGCCGCGUUGGAAGAAUAUGAACGAUAUGCAGCCAAGAUCGAGAGAGAACGAGCAAACCAGGCGAACCAAGAAAGCAAACUGGCGGAGCUCAACGAGAGGAUACAGCACAUCAUGGGCCAGUGGGAACCGAGGUUGGACCAGUUGGUCAGCCAGAUCAACGACGCCUUCAGCUACAACUUUGAGCAGAUCAGCUGCGCUGGCGAGGUGGGCGUACACAAGGAUGAGGACUUCGAGAAGUGGGCCAUCGAGAUCAAAGUCAAAUUCCGAGAAAACGAGACGCUCCAGCGACUCGACCAGCACCGCCAGUCUGGCGGCGAGCGGGCCGUAUCAACCAUCUUUUACCUGAUGGCACUGCAGUCGAUGGCGCAGGCGCCGUUCCGCGUCGUCGACGAGAUCAACCAGGGUAUGGACCCGCGCAACGAGCGCAUGGUUCACGAGCGCAUGGUGGAGGUGGCUUGCCGUGAGCACACGAGCCAGUACUUCCUCAUUACGCCCAAGCUGCUGUCGGGCCUGCGGUACGACGAGCGGAUGCGCGUGCACACCAUCGUCAGCGGGGAGCACGUCGACGAGAAGGGGACGGAGAAGAUGAAUUUCGCGAACUUCGCCAAGAUCCAGCGGCGGCUGAUGGGGCGUUGAUGGGGGUCAGGGGAGCAAGGGGGUAACUUGGGGGUAUUGGCAUUUCGCUGGUGUACAGUAAUGGUCAUGAGGGGAGGAUCAGCCAGGGAUGGGGAAAGGAGGGGUGGAGGCGGCGUGUUUACCCGUUCUGUGAGAUCCGGCGCGGUGUCUUGGGCUGGGACGGAACUGGAGUUGUGUCUCCCUGACGUACACUAGUUCAAACGAUGGUUGGGAGCAUGGAAGGCAUGGGAAUCCCGAAAUGGACAAGCGAUGCGGAAUGAUGUCGUCGACACAUUCUGC